AUUACCCCACCCCUGUUGCAUAGGGACUACUGCAGAAAUAGUAUCUCCCUUGAAGUGGAAUCCAAGCAGGGCGCCAGCGCAAGAAGAGACGAGGUGAAAGCUAAGAAAUAUUGGCUCAUGGCGGAUCUGGGCCACCUUUUCUGCGUUUUAGUGAGCCUUCUCCACCCAGUCAGCUGCAAUGGUCAGCCCAAAGCACAGGGAGAGCACAAGACGUUGUUUGUGUUGGGAGACUCCCUUUUUGAUCCAGGCAACAACCAGUACCUCAAUGAUAGCGUAGAAGGGGGAGCACUUCCAUGGCCAUAUGGGGAAACCUAUUUCGGCCAUUCCACUGGGAGACUCUCCGAUGGCCGUCUAGUUCCCGAUUUCGUUGCUCAGUUCGCGAAGUUGCCUAUACUUCCACCGUACCUGCAACCAAUCACACAUCGAUUCACGGAUGGGGCCAACUUUGCUUCAGCUGGAGGAGGUGUUCUCGUUCAAACCCACCCUGGAACGAUAAGUCUCCCAAUGCAGCUAAGCUAUUUCAAGGCUGUGGUGAAGUCAUUGAGGCAAAAACUGGGUGAUGUAGAAGCCAAGAAGUUGCUGAUGAAAGCUGUAUACUUGUUUAGCAUUGGAGGGAACGAUUACUUUAGCUUUUACACACAGUACCCAAAUGCUACUCAGCCGUAUCGAAGACAAUAUGUGGGUAUGGUGAUCGGCAACCUGACUAGUGUUCUCAAAGAAAUAUAUGGUUUAGGAGGAAGAAAAAUCGCAUUUCAGAAUGCAGGGCCUUUGGGUUGCCUACCAGCCAUGAAGGCUAGGGAUCCCCAACUUGGUAGUGAAUGUGCUGAAGAACCCUUGGCUCUAGCGAGGCUGCACAACAGAGCUCUAGCCAAUGUUCUUAAAAAGCUAGAGAACAAAUUACCGGGAUUCAAAUAUUCAAUAUUUGAUUACUACAGUGCCCUUGGAGACAGGGUGCAAAACCCUUCAAAAUAUGGAUUCAAGAAUGGAAAGGCUGCGUGUUGUGGCAGUGGAGCGUACAGGGGACAGAAUUGUGGAGGAGGAAGAAAUGGAACAGAACCAUACGAAUUAUGCAGCAAUCCUAGCGAGUAUGUGUGGUUUGAUGGUGGCCAUACCACUGAAAGAGCUAACCGACAGUUAGCAGAGCUGAUAUGGAGUGGAGGACCACGUUUCACAGGGCCGUACAAUGUGAAACAGCUAUUCGAGCAUCCAUGAGAAAGUACUAAAUUGUCAACAGUUGUCAUACUUACCUUUCUUAUGAUGUUUAAGGAGGUUGCAGUCAUAGGGCCUGUCACUGUGAACCAAACUUAAAAAAGAUCUGUAUUUUGCCUUAACCUUACUGAUGCUUUCAUCAGAUUAUGAAUUUGAGUAGGGGUGAAAACCAACAGAUGCAAA